CCACACUUAAAUAGUGGAAGAAGGCCAGUGCGACCUAGGAGGAGGAAGCCAGGCCGGAUCUGCCUGGACCCCAGCCAGUCCAACUGCCAACCCAAAGCUGCCAUGAGGCUCCCGAGCGUGGCUCUUUUGCUGUUCCUGUUCCUGCGCACUGGCCUCGGUCUGACGGAGGUGCGCUGGUGCACCGUCUCAAACGCGGAGCAGCAGAAAUGCGCAGACAUGGGCAAGGCCUUCCAGGGAGCUGGCAUCCAGCCUCUCCUCCUGUGCGUCGACGGCACCUCCGCUGACCACUGUGUCCAGCUCAUCAAGGACCAGAAAGCUGAUGCCAUCACUUUGGAUGGAGGAGCCAUUUAUGAGGCAGGGAAGGAAUAUGGUCUGAAGCCAGUGGUCGGUGAAGCAUAUGACCAAGACGCUGGGACCUCCUAUUAUGCUGUGGCUGUGGUCAGGAGGAAUUCCAACCUGACCAUCAACACCCUGAAGGGCGUCAAGUCCUGCCACACAGGCAUCAACCGGACUGUGGGCUGGAACGUGCCCAUUGGCUACCUAGUGGAGAGUGGCCAUCUCUCAGUGAUGGGCUGUGAUGUGCUCAAGGCUGUUGGUGACUAUUUCGGGGGCAGCUGUGUCCCUGGGACAGGAGAAACCAGUUACUCUGAAUCCCUGUGUCGCCUCUGCCGUGGUGACGCCACUGGGCACAACGUGUGUGACAAGAGCCCCCUAGAGAGAUACUAUGACUACAGUGGGGCCUUCAGGUGCCUGGCGGAAGGAGCGGGCGACGUGGCCUUUGUGAAGCACAGCACCGUGCUGGAGAACACAGACGGGAAAACCCUGCCAUCCUGGGGCAAGGCGCUGAUGUCACAGGACUUCCAGCUACUGUGCAGGGAUGGCAGCAGGGCCGACGUUACUGAGUGGAGACGGUGCCACCUGGCCAGGGUGCCUGCGCAUGCCGUGGUCGUCAGGGAUGACAUGCCUGGGGACCUCAUAUUCCAGCUGCUCAAUGAAGGCCAGAUUCUGUUCAGCCACGAGGCCAGCAGCUUCCAGAUGUUCAGUUCCGAGGCCUACGGCCAGAAGAACUUGCUAUUCAAAGAUUCCACGUUGGAGCUCGUGCCCAUCACCACGCAGAGCUAUGAAGCGUGGCUGGGCCAGGAAUACCUGCAAGCCAUGAAGGGUCUGCUCUGUGACCCCAACCGACUGCCCCGCUACCUGCGCUGGUGCGUGCUGUCCAUACCCGAGAUCCAGAAGUGCGGAGAUAUGGCUGUGGCCUUCAGCCGGCAGAGACUCCAGCCAGAGAUCCAGUGUGUGUCGGCUGAGUCCGCAGAGCACUGCAUGGAACAGAUCCAGGCUGGGCAUAUUGAUGCUGUGACCCUGAAAGGCGAGGACAUUUACACAGCAGGGAAGGUGUACGGCCUGGUCCCGGCGGCUGGGGAGCUGUAUGCCGAGGAGGACAGAAGCAAUUCCUACUUUGUGGUGGCUGUGGUACGACGGGACCGCUCCUACUCCUUCACCUUGGAUGAGCUACGAAGCAAGCGCUCCUGCCACCCAGGCUUGGGCAGCCCCGCAGGCUGGGAUGUGCCCAUAGGCUCCCUCAUCCAGCGGGGCUUCAUCCGGCCCAAGGACUGUGAUGUCCUCACAGCGGUGAGUGAGUUCUUCAAUGGCAGCUGUGUGCCUGUAAACAACCCUAGGAACUACCCUUCCUCGCUGUGCGCGCUCUGCGUGGGAGAUGAGAAGGGCCACAACAAGUGUGUGGGCAGCAGCCAGGAGAGGUACUACGGAUAUAGAGGGGCCUUCAGGUGCCUUGCGGAGAAUGCAGGGGAUGUUGCCUUCGUCAAGCACACAACUGUCUUUGAGAAUACAAAUGGCCACAAUCCUGAGCCCUGGGCCGCUCAGCUCAGGUUGCAAGACUAUGAGCUACUAUGCCCCAAUGGGGCACGGGCUGAAGUAAGUCAGUUCCAAGCCUGCAACCUGGCACAGAUGCCACCCCAAGCUGUCAUGGUGCAUCCAGACACCAACAUCUUCCCUGUGUAUGGACUUCUGGACAAGGCCCAGGACCUGUUUGGAGAUGACCACAACCAGAAUGGGUUCCAAAUGUUUGACUCCUCCAAAUACCACAGCCAAGACCUGCUUUUCAAAGAUGCUACAGUGCGGGCAGUACCUGUUGGGAAGAAAACCACAUACCUGGAAUGGCUGGGGCCUGACUACGUGGUCGCCCUGGAGGGGAUGCUCUCUCAGCAGUGCUCGGGCGCAGUGGCCGCGGCGCACCGAGUCCCCCUGCUGACCCUGCUCGUGCUGGGCCUGACAGCAGGCCUCCUCCCGCACGUUCUCUGAAUGUGGCUGCUGCAGGCGGGCGACCUGAGCAGGGUAGGCUGCGGAGUCCAACCCAAGAAACCUGGAAAUCGGCUAACCCUGCAGGAGAGCGCGGGAUGCAAGAGGCCAGGUGAGGACUUUCACACACAGCCCUCGGAUGUGCGAGAAGUUUCUGGAAUCAGGACGAUUGUUAAGGCCAAGUGUUCCCACCUGCCCGAGCCCUUGGUACCUGAGGCGACUGGCGAGCAGCCCAGUCAUGCCUCCCACACUGGCGGCGCCUGCAGCGAACCUGUGCCUCCCACCUGGAGCCUCUUGGCUGGCUGGGGAAAAGAGGUCGGUUGCUGUGGCAACCGUGGAACAGCUUCCCGCACCAGCAUCUGCGCCAGCCGCCUGGGGAGGUCCUUGUCUUCUGUGACACCAAGGAGCCCAGCCUUCUGCACUGCAGAUCUACCAGACUGGGGUGGGAGAAAGGCCAGAGAUGGACUGUGAGAAUGCAGUCCUGCAGAAACCCUCAGGUGAAGGAAGUGCCCCAGUAAGAAUGUCAGAGGGUGAGGAGCUCGAUUCAGGGUGGGGACUUCCUACCCUGCCUGGACCUCACUGCAUAGUGAGACUGCUGCCUAGAAUCCUCUGCUCCCUCCUGUGGGGUCGGUCUCAACAUAAUCCUCCGCCUCCCCCUACCCCGCCUCACGGUGUACUCGUCCCCCAUCAACACAUACACACACACACACACACACACACACACACACACACACGCGCACGCACGCACGCACGCACGCACACACGCACAUGCACACGCGCACGCAUGCACGCACACAUCUUGCCUGUGUGGGAACAUUUCUAUACCGUGUCUGAAGGUGCAUGAGCUAGCCCAGAAUCAGGCCCUGUGAUGCCUGAGACACCGGGGUUGAGGUGAGCCCUGUCUUGCCUGGCUAACCCUGGUGCAGAAGGACCCCCUGAUUCCUGCACUCUGUGAGAGUCAACAGAAAGCCUAGGGACGACCCUCUCUCCACACCAGUUUGUCAUUGUUCUCUCAAGAGCCAGAAAAAGUUUUUCAAAAACCCCAGCUCUUACUCCAAAUUUUGUUCCUUUAAAAAUCCUAAAGAGAAGAAACGGGAGGGAGCAGCUCUUGUCAGCACUCUGGAAGCAGCGUAGGCCUGCAGCUAUCUGUGUACGGGUCUGUGUGGGGGGACCGCGGGGCGCUGGUGACAGGCCAGGUUCCCAGUGGCUCGCCCCCACCCGUGGGCGACAGGACAGAUCCUUUACUUCUCUCAGCAGUGGAGGAGGCCCAGCAGUGUCCCAGCCAGAGCCACACCUUCCUGAGGAAUCUGGGUCACCAUUUGGAGACAAAGCCCCUCCUCCCAGGACACAGCCACCCAUUCCUCUCUGACCUGGGGAUUGAUAUUUUUCUCAAAGGAGACUUUCACACGAGAAAUGUAUUCUAUGUGGGCGAGCCAUUGAUCGUGCUUCCCAAAGUGUGAUGUGUGUGCUGUGUGUCUUUUGGGUGUGACUUUCAAAGCUGCUGUGUAAAUGACGUCCGAUUGCCAGGGGACACUCCAUGUGAGUGCUAAAGAAAGACAUUGAUUGUCUCCUUUUUAAAUAAAGCCAAACAACCCUGGAUUGUGAUGGA